AUGGGUCAGGACCCUUCGUCUGGCAGUGCUGCAAAACCAAGCUCGAAAGACAACAAGAAAACAGCAGAGCCAAAGGCAAAAGGAGCUCUCAUUCCCAACCCUCUGGUGCCAAUGUCUGUGGAUGUGAAGGGUGGUGAAAUGGAAUCCCUGCCUGGGACUGUGGACAUUGUGAAGCAGCAACAGGACAUGAGAAAAAAAAUGCGAGACGAGCAGAAAGCUCGGCAGACAGAAAAAGAACUUGGAAAAGCAGAGAAGGCAGCAGAGCAGAAGGCAAAAGAAGAAAAGAAAGAGGAAAAGAAAGCCAAAAAGGAGGCUUCAAAGGCUGCACCAAGCAAGGAACUGCAGGCUUCAAAAAAGCAGAAGUUGGAGAAUGAGGAUCGCCCCAGGGCUCGCAAAGCUCGGGUCACUUCUUUGAUGUCCACACCUUGCAAAGUUUGGGACCCACAUGGCAAGAGCAGUCCAAAGAAGGGAAAGAAUGCCGACAAGGUGAUGAAGGAAAGCACUCCAGGAAAGAAACCGGAAGCUACCCCAAAGAAGGUGAAAGAGCGUCGAAAAAGGGAGGCCAAAACAUUGCAAGCUUGCAAGCUUUGAUGAAACUUAAGCGACAGAAGCAGCUCCUCCCUCAUGUUUUGAAUGACUUGACGGAACCCCAGGACGAAGGAAAAAUGAGCUACAUGGUGGUGCCGGAUGCAUCCUGUGGUGAGUGUGCAUCUUCGAUCCUUGUGGUGCUAUCUGCCCAGCAGUUCUGCAUCUCUCACUCAAAAGGGGAUGAGAAGAUCAAAGCUGAUUCCAGUGGUCGAAGCACAGUGUCAUGGAACAAGUAUGAGGACAUGGGCAAAGCGACCUAAGGUGGCUUCAUGCGAAGCAUUUGGCUGGCUGGUUGCCUGCUGCUGAUGACACGGGCUCUGUGGAGAAAGUUAAGCGCAAACGUGACCGCUCCUGACUGCUUUAAAUCCUAGGAUUUUCUAAGGGUGCCAUGUAUGUGGAGGGAGGGAACGAAGCGUCCCUGCGGUAACCCUUCCACUGGCUUGGGUUGUUUCAAGAGCUGUGCUAAAGGCCGGC